AAGGCUGUGGGGCGAGCAGGCUGAGCGGCUCUGCCCUGCCGGUGCCUUUAAGAGCAGCUGGCUGGGGAAGAGCAAUGUCCCCACGCCAGCUAAAAAUACCCCCCCCAGCUCAGCCCCCACCACCACCCCGGGUGUCCCUCCCAAACCCCGGCCACUUCCCUCCCGGCGGGGGCAGCUGGAUGGGACACCGCGCGCUCCCAGCGGGGCAAACCCAGGAACGCCCUCAGCCACGCUCAGCCCGGGCUCCUUCCUCCAGCUGGGACCCGCGGCCUCCUCGGCGGCCGAGCCCAGCGCCAUGGUGAGGAACGUGGAUGACUUCGACUUCUGCCUGCCGUCGCACGCCCAGGGCGUGCUGGAGGGGCUGCAGCGGCUGCGCUCCCACCCCAAGCUGUCGGAUGUGCUGCUGCUGGCCGGGGGGAGGGAGUUCCCCUGCCACCGCGGCGUCCUGGCCCUCUGCAGCCACUACUUCCACGCCAUGUUCUCCGGGGACUUCGCCGAGAGCAUCGCGGCCCGCGUGGAGCUGAAGGAGGUGGACCCGGCCGCCCUGGAGACGCUGCUGGACUUCGCCUACACGGGGAAGGUCACCAUCAACCAGGGCAACGUGGAGGGGCUGAUGAGGACGUCCAGCCAGCUGCACUUCCCCACCAUCCAGAAGGCCUGCAGCCGCUACCUGCGGCAGCAGAUGGACGCCACCAACUGCCUAGGUAUCUGCGAGUUCGCAGAGAGCCACGGCUGCCCCGAGGUGUCCUCCAAGGCCUGGUCUUUCUUGCAGGAGAACUUUGAGGCCGUGUCUCAGCAGGAGGAGUUCCUGCAGCUCUCCAAGGAGAGGCUGGCCGUCUACCUCUCCAACGAGCAGCUGCAGGUGCAGGAGGAGCAGAGCGUGGCUGAGGCCGUGCUGCGCUGGGUGCGCCACGACCCGGGGCCCCGAGCCCAGUUCCUGCCCGAGCUGCUGGAGCUGGCCCACCUGGUCUCGCUGCCGGACCAGUACCUCCAGAACCUGCUCGCUGCCGAGCCCCUCGUCCGUGAUUCAGCCGCCAGCAAGGCCCUCGUGGCCCGGUCCCGCGCCGCGGUCAGCAGUGGUGAGGUCUCCACCGCCCCGCAGAAGCAGAGCCCACCGCAGAAGCUGGAGGAGGUGCUGGUGGUGGUGGGCGGCCGGGUGCUGGAGGAGAGCGAGGAUGAGGAAGGGGGGCUGGAAAUGCCGGCUGCCCCCAGGAACUUUGCCUUCUACAACCCUAAAAGCCGGCAAUGGAUCGCUCUGCCCGACUUCCCUGACUACAACAAGUGGGGCUUCUCCCUGGUGGCGCUGAACAACGACGUCUAUGUCACAGGUGGCUCCCGGGGGUCCCAGAAUGACACGUGGUCGACAACCCAGGCCUGGCGCUUCUGCCCCAAGGACGGAGCCUGGACACCCAUCGCCUCCAUGCUGCGAGCCCGGACGAACCACACCAGCGCCGUCCUCAACGGCGAGAUCUACGUCAUCGGGGGGACCACGGUGGAGGUGGUGGAGGUGGAGCGCUACGACCCCUACAACCAGAGCUGGUGCGCCAUCAGCCCGGCCCUCAAGUACGUCAGCAACUUCGCCGCCACCGGCUGCCUGGGCAAGCUCUACCUCGUGGGCUCCUGCGCCGUCAAGUACAACGCGCUCACCCUGCAGUGCUACAACCCCGUGCGAGAUCUGUGGAGCGUGAUCACGUCCCCCUUCAUCCCCAAGUACCUGUCGGCCCCGCGCUGUGCCACCCUGCAUGGGCUCAUCUACCUCAUCGGGGACAACACCAAGAAGGUCCACGUCUAUGACCCGGAGGCAAACAUCUGGCAGAAGGUGCAGCUCCUGCACACGCUGCAUGAGAACGGCGGGAUGGUGCCGCUGGGCGACCGGCUCUUCGUCACUGGUGGCCACUGGAAGGGCAUGGACGGGGACUACCGGGUGGAGAUGGAGGUGUACGACUGCGCCAAGGACCGCUGGACGCGGGAAGGCUCGCUGCCCUGCCUCUGGCUCUUCCACAGCUCCUCCUCCAUCUUCAUGGACACCUCCAAGUGGACAGAGGCUUUCCAGGGUGACCAUGGGUGGUAGGAGCACCCGCAGCAGUGCCUGCGGGCUCGGCCACAGCCUAGAGGGAGCUGCUCGGGCUCGUGGCCCCGGCAGCACGGUCACCCCGUGAGCUGACAGCUCCAGCUCCCGACCUGGCCCUCCCUGGGGAGGGGAGGUGGGAACACGCAGCCACCACGGGGUAAAAGGCUUCUCCUUCCCACCACACUUCGGCCGGGGAUUUUUUUUUUUAGUUUGUUUUUUAAGGACUGCCUCUUUGCCCUCUGAAAUCCCCACGCUUUUCAUGGUGUUUGGAGGGAGACGCGCUCACCCAGCACACCGCUGCUUCCCAGUGCUCCCCCUUUCCCCAUGGCUUUGAUUUCCAGAAGACAAGGGGGUAUUGGGGCGCAUCUUCCCGUCCCAAUACCUACCCGUGGAAGCUGCACUUUGGCGGCUCCUUCCCAGCUCUGGCACUUGUUGCCCUGUUCCUGGGCUGCACGUGAAGCACCCCCCUGGAGGCCAACGCGGCCCCCAGCAGCAUGCUCCUGGGCUGCCAGGGUUGUUUGCCCAUGAAGCUGUUCCGUGUUGUGGUUGUUGCUUUGUGACCCAUUAAACGUGCACAACGAGGA